GCGGGGGAAACGGCAGAAGCCUCAAGUUCCGCACAAGCGAAGCGGCGGACGGGACGGAGGCGCCUUCGAGACCCCCCCCCCCAUCGUCCCCCAGAGGGAAUUCGAAUGCUGGCAGAUCUGAACUGGCCUCAGGGAAGCCAUGGACGCCGAGAAAGGAGAGGAACUCCGGCUCAUCCUGGUGGGGAAGACCGGAGGCGGGAAGAGCGCCACGGGCAACACCAUCCUCGGCCGGAAGGAGUUCGAGUCCACCUUGGGGCCAAACGCCACCACCCUGAGGUGCCAAAGGGGGCAGGGAACCUGGCAGGGCAGGAAGGUCUCCGUGGUUGACACGCCCGGCCUUUUUGAUUCGGCAAACUACAAUGAGAUUGUGCGACGUGAGAUCGUGGCUUGCGUCGAACUCUCCCGGCCCGGCCCCCACGCCCUGAUCUUGGUGACCCAGGUGGGGCGCUUCACCGCGGAAGAUGCGGCUGCCGCAAACUGUGUCUGGGAUAUCUUUGGGGCCGAGUCCGCCAGGCACACCGUCGUCCUCUUCACCUGCCUGGAGGAUUUGGGAGGGGGCCCCCUGCAGGAGUACGUCCAAAAGUCCGACAACCGGAACCUACGGGACCUGAUCCGGCGGUGCGGGAACCACUACUGUGGCUUCAACAACAAGGCCACGGGAACCGAGCGGGAUAGGCAGGUCUCGGAGCUGAUGGCGACGGUGCAGAGCGUCGUUUCCGAGAACCGGGGGCGCUACUACGUCAACCGGCUGUACGGGGAGCCCAGCCUACGGGACGAGCACAUCAGGAUCUUCGUCGAGCAGAACCGAAAGCUGUGUAGAAGACUCAUCAACCUCCUCCUUUCAUUCCGGUUGGCCUGUUGUGGAUGCAGAAAUGACUAUUCCAUCUUGUGAAAUGCAUAUUUGUCACAAAAAAGGUAUUCGGCGCAGUGCUUCGCUGAUUUUUCCCCGCACAUGUUUGAAGUACGACUUCAUUUUGCCGCAAAAUCCAGAAACGGCGUGGUUCGUAAUUCCCUUUUCUUUCUUCGAGAAAUAAACAAUGGCUAGACCUGCA